AGUUUAGUCUGUUUUUGUUUUUUUUGGUUUUGUUUGCAUACUCCAGUAUGAAUUUUAAUCUGUGUAAAAACAGCACCUGUGGUCCUCUGUCACGUACAUACAGUACGUUGUCUCUGAACUGUUGACUCGGCUACGGCUGGUGCACUCAGGUGCUGUAGAAAGGGAGAGAGAGAGCAGCACAUCCUACUCACUCGCUCCAUUCAUCGGUGAGUGGGAGGAGGUGAGAGCAGGCGAGUAUUCACUCUGAGCAAUGUCAUCCACCGGGCUCUGUCAAUAUGCAGACGAAAAACAUGCCUGACGAGAACGUACUGCACUUUUUAUAUCAAUAUAUUUAAUAGAAUUUGUAGCUCUUUGACGCCUCCCAAAAGCACAUUCCUACAGAGGAGACCAUACAUGUUGUAGGUGGAGACAUUUGAGUUUUUACUUGACCACUCCUGUCUCCUCUGAAAGCCUGGACGUCUCCUGUCAGGUUUCCUGUGAGAAUAGACAGCUCAGUGUCACAGAAGAACACAGAGUUCAGAGGAGAUCACAAGCAGAGCAGCAGUUUCCCGGCUCCUCUGGGGAAACCAGAUGAACCCCUUCAAAGUGAUAAUGUAAAUAGUUCUGGUGCAACUGUGGGAGUUUGAGGCAAACCUGAAGGAUCCUCCUGCAGGAUAAGAGUCAAAGCCUGCGGCCAACAUCAUCGAGGACAGGCAACAGGCAGUGCAACAAGGACAUGAGUCUCGUGGACGUGAGACAGGCAGCAGGGUCACUGACCCUGCCACUGUCCGUCAAUGACCCCAAGGAGCAGAACUUUGUCCACGUGAAUGAGAACGAUCCAGAAUUCUUACGCGGCAAGAACAUGUCGCCAGACCUGAGGCAGGACUUCAACAUGAUGGAGCAGAAGAAGAGAGUCACCCAGAUUCUGCAGAGCCCUGUGUUUAAGGACGAGCUGGAAGGGCUGAUCCAGGACCAGCUGACUAAAGGCAACAACCCCACUGGCCUCUUGGCCCUGAGGCAGAUCGCUGACCUGGUCAUGGCGAGUACCUUGGGUGGAGCUGGUCCUCUGACAUCACCCUUCAGUUUUGGGAUGGUGAGUCCAGUCAAUGAUCUGUAUGGUGCUGAGACUCCGUCCUACACUAAAGGGGAGAAAUCCAGCCGUUGCAGGCUGGCCAGCCUCUACAGGCUUGUUGACCUCUUCAGCUGGGCUCGUUUUACAAGCUCCUACAUUACAGUGCGGGUGAGUAAAGAGCAGGACCACGUCCUCAUCAGUCCACGGGGUCUGUCCUUCGCCGAAGUGACUGCAGCAAACUUGGUGAAAGUCAACAUAAUCGGUGAGGUGGUGGACCAGGGUUCUACUGAUCUGGCCAUUGACCACUUUGGAUUUGGCCCUCAUGCUGCCAUAUACUCCAUGCGUCCAGAUGUGAGGUGCAUCGUCCAUAUACACAGCCCUGCCACGGCCGCUGUGUCCUCGAUGAAAUGUGGAGUCCUGCCCAUUUCCCAGGAGGCUUUGCUUCUGGGAGACGUGAGCUGCUUCGGUUACUAUGGCAGCUUGGAAAAUAAAGAAGAGAAGGUGGAGUUUCAAAAAGCACUGGGACCGACUGCCAAGGUGAUGAUCCUGAGGAACCAUGGGCUGUUGGCUUUGGGAGAAACAGUAGAAGAAGCUUUUUACUAUGCCUACCACUCACAGCAAGCCUGUGAAAUCCAGGUCGAUGCUUUGAAGUGUGCAGGCGGCGUGGACAACCUCGUGCUUCUGGACAGGGAGAAGUUUAAACCCCUGACCCAGGGAGUGGCCACCGCCGGGGUGGUUGUGGACAAUGAGGUUAAAUGGAAAGUGGGCGAGGCCGAGUUCGAGUCCCUGAUGAGGAUGCUGGACAACCUGGGCUACAGGACGGGCCACACGUACAGGAACCCUAUUGUCCGUGAAAAACCCCGCUCUAAAAACGACGUGGAGAUCCCCGCCACGGUGUCUGCGGUGCCGAUGGAGGACGGCGGGAUGUGUCUGCGUAGCCCCUUCAAGUUUAUGGCACAGAAACAGCAGAGAGAAAGAACCCGGUGGCUCAACUCACCCAACAGCUACCUGAGAGUCAAUGUUCCCGAACAGUCACCCAGCGGGGAUGUGAGCCCCAGGACUAAAACCAUGUGGAUGAAGUCUUCUCAGCCAGGCAAUACCACUGGCACCCCAAUAAAGAUCGAGGACCCCAAUCAGUUUGUCCCACUCAACACAAAUCCCACUGAGGUCUUGGAUAAGAGGAACAGGAUAAAAGAACAGCACAGAGGGGACCAGAUGACUGCAGGUCCAAAGUCUCAGUUACUGGCAGGCAUUGUUGUGGACACCAUCCCAGGACCGGCUUUCAUCACCGAAGACGAGGAGCUGACUCGCUCUCUUCCUCCCAACCCCUUUAAUGAGCUUACAGACAGAGUGCUGGAGGAAUACAAGACCCUGGUGGAGAGGAAGCAGAAAGGCCAAGAAGACGACGACGACGCCACCGACGCAGACGAGAUGACCACGUUCGACGGCUCCACCAUCUCCCUCUCCCUCUCCCCCAUAAUGACACCGGCUAAAGGAGACUCCAUACCCAAUGGGAAAGACCACUUAUCGGAGCUGGAGGAGGACCUGUGCAUCGAGAUAUCCAAGCUGAGUGUGAGCACUACGGAAACCGUGGAGAUAUCCAUCACGCCCAAGGAGAAGGUGGGAGAGCCCCAGACCCCCGAGAGUCAAACCAAGUCGGAUAAGAAAAAGAAGAAGAAGUUCCGUACGCCUUCCUUCUUGAAAAAGAGCAAGAAAAAGAAGGAGGAGCAAGAGAAAAUCGAAGCCUGAGCGCGUUCGCUGCAAAGACUGUUGUUUUACUUUGACAAAUAUGAACUGCCGUCUCCUUUCCAUUAGCGAUAUGAAUUUCUGAGGCAAAAAGCGUCCCAUGAAUGUGCUGUCCUUCAGAUGGUUAAAUGAGUGAUUGUUUUACCUUUUUUUUUUUAACCAAACCAUGAAGAGCUCAGUGAGCUGAGGUCAAUGCUUCUUCAUUUAACGUUUAACUUAGCUACAUAAUGUUUUACCAUUUGUGUUUUUUUUUUUGUUUUUUUAUAUUUGCACAAUUUCAAAGUUGAAUGUCUGCUUGGAAUAUUGCCUAACAAUUUUAAAUUAUAAUAACCAGACUUAUAUUUAGCCUCAUGAGAAGUACGAUUUCUAUCUGAACGUAUUCACAGUAUCUUUUAUCAAUGUACGUUGGUUUAUAACCCAUCCAUGACAUGAUAGUGUCACGUAGUUAAAUGUGUGAUUUAGUCAUCGUUAGAUAUUUACAAACUAACCUGUACUUAACAUGCUGUGAUCCAUGAUACAAUAAUAUUUUUUUUUACAUACUGUAUGAUGUAUCUGAGUAGGUAUUUUUAGGCCAUGGUUGCUGCUGCUGUUGUGAUUGUGACAAAUCGACUGUGAGCGACAGGUAGUUGGUGAGCGACAAGGUUGGAACUUUCACAGAUAAUCACUACAUGUGCAAAUGACGACAGUGAAAAAGGCCAAGUUUAAACUGCAGUAAUGGGUUGAUAGUGGUCAUGGUGUUUGAAGGGUCAGGGGUCAUGGUUGAUGGCAAUGGAAAGUUUUUAUGCUAACGUUUUUUUUUUGUUUGUUUUUUUAGAGAUAGGCAUCCCAGUUGAUACAUUUAUAUGUAUGUGUGUGCAUAUAUAUACAUAUAAAGCAUAUAUGUUGCCUAUAUAUGUGUGUAUAUAUACAUAUCUAUAUAUAUACAUCCCAGUUGAUAAUGUGAACAAUGUGAUGUUGACAAGUGCAGCAGUAGUUUUUUUUAUUAUGCAUUAAAUCUGUUGCCAGCUA